AUGGCCACGGCAAAUCCCCCAGAGAUUUUCCUUCUUUCCCUCGCAUACCUCGAGUUCCUCGACCAAACCUACUCCUCCUUAAUCGACAAAUUAGCCGCAUCGGCCACCUUGAAGCGAGCCAAAAAGGCAGACGCUGCGAUUCGCUACCUGGAACAGAACAAUCCCAAGGCCAUCAUAAUUACGGACCAAGGUCUGACGGAGCGUGCAAAUGCAAAUGUCCUACAAAAAGUGGUAUCCUACAUUCGAAAUGGUGGCAUCGCCAUCGUGGGUCUGCAUUUCCCCAGUUUCGUGACCAUGGACGCCAUGAAUAAUUUCUUCGCCUCUGGCUUUGCGCUGCCUUGGAAGCGUGGUGAUUACCACCGCACCGACUUUGCGUUCAAUCCCUCCUAUAAUCUUCCUCGCGAGGUGAAUGCAUCGUCGCUCCCUGGGCCAUAUAGCAUGAAAACCCUUCAUAUCAUGGAUGCCCGCCCCAGUGAGAAGAUCUUUGUUCCGAUCGCCAAUGCUCAGACCCAGUCGCAUGUCUUUCCCCCGGGCUAUGUGGAUCAGUCACAGGCUGCAGUCACUGGAGCCAAAAUCGGAAAUGGACAUUUGAUCUACUGUGGUGAUGUCAAUGGGGAGGCUGGUUCUGAUAGUGUCAUCUUGGCCUUCUGCGGACUCUGA